UCGAGAAGUUCCUCGUGCUCGAUAUUUUCCGGGUCCUGUGACUUAUCAGGUGGUUUUGGGAGGAGAGAAGGAAUAAAGGAGGAGAGGAAAAAAGAAAGAGGGAGAAGGUGGAGGAAAAGAAGGUUCUGAAGGUGUUUGUUUUGGGACUCUUUACAAAAGUGUCAAAAGGGUGUUACAGUGUAACUUUAGAACCGAGAAGAUCAAAGGGAGAGCAGAGGAAGGAGCCGAACGGGGAAGCGCUGGUUCUGUAGGGUUCUUCAGGGUUCUUCAGACCUUCUGCUUGAACUCUGAGGUCGGAAGGAUGGCUGGAGGCUCCGUGUCGGAGUGUAAGGAGCACUUGUUUAAGGUGUUGGUGAUUGGGGAGCUCGGCGUUGGGAAAACCAGCCUCAUCAAGCGCUACGUGCACCAGCUGUUCUCACAGCACUACAGAGCCACCAUCGGGGUGGACUUCGCCCUCAAGGUUCUCCACUGGGACACCAAGACCCUGGUGCGCCUGCAGCUGUGGGACAUCGCAGGCCAGGAGCGCUUCGGGAACAUGACCAGAGUGUACUAUAAGGAGGCAGUGGGAGCGUUCGUGGUGUACGACGUGACCCGGAACGCCACGUUCGAAGCCGUGAUGAAAUGGAAGCAUGACUUGGACAGCAAGGUGAAACUCGGCAACGGCAGCCCGAUCCCCUCCGUCCUGCUGGCGAAUAAAUGCGACCAGAAAAAGGACGGCUCGAGGAGCACCUCGGACAUGGACACCUUCUGCAAGGAGGCCGGCUUCCUGGGUUGGUUCGAGACGUCAGCGAAGGACAACAUCAACGUGGAUGAGGCGGCCCGGUUCCUGGUGGAGCACAUCCUCCUGAACGACAAAGGCGCCCCGUGUGAGGAGAGCAACGGCGACCGGAUCAAGCUGGACCAAGACGUCGUUCCUGCCGAGAGCAAGCCGGGUUGCUGCUAGCGCCGCGUCUCAACCCGUCCUCGAAAGCGUGGAGGGGUCAAAGGGCCACAGACUCAGACCCAGAACCCCGUCUUCAACUUCCAUCCUUUCACCACCAUCAUCAUCCUCAUCAUCAUCAUCAUUCUCAUUCCAAAACCAGGACGACUUGCAUACUACAGUAUAUAGUAUAGUAUAUACACUAGCGACCUUUUCGUCUCUUCUCGUCUCGUCUCGUCUCUUUCUCCUCGCGUCUUUCGUUUUCUCGCUCGUUCUAGACGUUUGUAACGAUCGUUUGCUCAUUUUUUUUUAGAUAGAAUAAGCACAACCCUACAGGUGUCAUAGGAGGCUGUACCAAGUACACGUUUAACUUGCAUCGUCCUUCAUCGUCUGAAGGUCCCUCUGAAGUUCCACCAACGUCAUCCCAGAAGCUCGAGAGUAGCGGCGACUUCGCAAGGUUCUUUUUUCUUUUCCCAGGUUUUCUGAACUCCAUGUUCUUAAAAAAAAAAUAAAAAAUGCAAAUAAAUAAAAAUCAAGAAGAAUUUUUUUUUUUAAUGAAAGUAUCUAAAAAAAAAAAAAAAAAAAAAGACGAGAAUCCGAUCGAAAGUUCAAACGUAAAAAAAUUCGUAUUCAGUUAUUUUUUUCAUCUUCUUUCUGUUUCUGGAGUCUGUUGGUUUUUCAUUUCCAAAGGACCCUCAAAGAAGGUCCACGAUCCGUCCCGAGCAUCAUGAGGAACCCUGCAGGAACCCGUUUGUUCGAGGUCCGUGAGCCGAAAUGUUCCUGGAGCGAACGCAUACGCUCGGUUUCCUGACCAGGUUCAUGCCAGGGUUUGGGAGGAGUGGUAUCUCCAGGAUUGUUGGAGAUGUGUGAAGUGUGAUACUUCACUUAACUGUUUUUAAAAAAUGCUGGAUACUUUUUUUUUAAAGCAAAAUUCAACUUUUCAAAUAAAAUGCUUUUGAUGAAA